GUUGGGAUUGGGGCUGACUCCAGCCUCUGCUCCGGGAGGCCCUCCAGAGCUGCCCAACCUCCGGGAGCCAUGCAGAAGGCCUCCCGCAAAAACAAAAAAGAAAGAGGAGUCACCAUCAAGGUCAAAACAUCUGUACACAACUUGAGCAAAACACAGCAGACCAAACUCACUGUGGGCAGGCUGGGAUUAGGCCUCAUCAUCAUCCAGCAUGGACCCUACCUCCAGAUCACCCACCUCAUCAGGAAGGGGGCUGCAGCCAACGACGGGAAACUUCAGCCAGGCUGUACAGGAAGCACAGCUGGGGAGGCCUCAGGAAACUUACAAUCAUGGCAGAAGGUGAAGAGGAAGGAGGUGAUGUUCUGAUUAGUGUUGGCCAUGCCAACGUGUUAGGAUAUACUCUUCGAGAAUUUUUACAGCUUUUGCAACACAUCACCAUUGGAACAGUGCUACAAAUCAAGGUUUACCGAGAUUUUAUUAACAUUCCUGAAGAAUGGCUAGAAAUAUAUGAUUUAAUCCCUGAGGCCAAAUUCCCAGUAACAAGCACACCAAAGAAAAUUGAGCUGGAAAAAGAUGAAUCUUUCAUAAGCAGUGAUGAUAAUGAAAAUGUAGAUUUAGAUAGAAGACUUCAAUAUUAUAGAUAUCCAUGGUCAACUGCGCAUCACCCUGCAAGACCAAUAUCCAUCUCCAGAGACUGGCAUGGAUAUAAGAAGAGGAACCAUACUAUUAGUGUAGGAAAAGACAUUGAUUGUGACGUGAUGAUUCACAGAGACGAUAAGAAAGAAGUGAGGGCGCCUUCUCCAUACUGGAUAAUGGUGAAGCAAGACAAUGAAACCUCUUCCUCCUCUACUUCCUCUACCUCAGAUGCAUUUUGGCUGGAAGAUUGUGCCCAAGUUGAAGAGGCUAAAGCCCAACCAGUAUCAAAGGUUGGUUAGCAAAUCUGUGGUCAUAUGAGCAUUUAUCUUGCAGACACCCAAGUUUUGUGCCUCACCAGGCACAAGUUUGCUAUACUUAUCAAGGACUGUCUGUAGACUCACCAAUUCUCUUCUCUUAUGACUGCGUUAUUAAGCCUUUAGAGAUGUUCUUCAAUAGGAUAAUCUAAAGACUUCCCUGGGUUCUUGCAGGCCUCGCAAAUCUUAUUUUCGGAAUAAAACCCUUCUUUCUGAGAAUAAUUUCUUUUCUUUUAGAAAAUGCAGUAGAGAAAUCCAAUAUCAGAAUGUCUGAACAUAAUAGAGAAUGUCGCUUUAUGUAAACACCACACUUUUCUUUAAAUAUUUAGUUUCUCUCCUUUUUUUGGUAAACUUUAAGUACUAUAAUUAAAAUAACUAAGAGACA